UGAAAAAGUUGAUCUUGGUAGUAAUAAUUUAAAGUAGAAUGCACCUACUCAAAAAAAGCUACACCAGCUUAAUUUUUACAUUUAUAAUCAUCCUCUGAUGCUAUAAAUCAGGAUAUGGGGACGAUAGAAUUCCAAGAUGAGGGUUUCGUGGUGGUUGAGUGAGAGACGCAAGCCAGCAGGGUAUGCCAUGCCCAGAUCCCUCAAAUAGUUUAACGCCACACAGAGAGAUUAAUACUCCUAAGGUCCCUACUACCUCAACUCAGUAUUUGAAGCAAAUCUGUCCUUAUAUGGAAGGAGAGGAACUUUGUUGCGGAGAUGAUCAGAUUUUGAUAAUGUAUAAUAACUUCAAGACGAUAGACUCUUUAUUCGGAGACUGAUCUCUCUGUGCUACCAAUCUCAAAAAGUUCUGGUGAGAGUACACAUGUAGUCCUUACCAGGACUAUUUUGUCGACUCCUUCGAGCAGGAGAGAGUAGAAGAGGUUGACUUCCCAGUUCUUAUUCAAAAAGUCAGGGUUGAAAGUAGUGUUGUCUGAGACCUUUAUAAUUCAUGCAAAAAAAAUCCAUUUGUAACUUCAUUAGCAAGCGGACAAUCAGCUGUAGGAUUUUUGGAAUUUAUGGGAUCUAAUGCAGUGCAGACUGGGAAAGUUAAGAUUAGUUUUGAUUUUACGACCGAUCCAGAUGAGACUUUGUAUAUGGAUAUGUACCCUUGUGACCUCGAAGUCGAUGGCUUUUUAGAAGGAUACCCGGUAAAACAAUGAACUUGUAAUUAUUGAGAGACUGCUUGUACCCCUGUUAAUUCUAGCGCAUUUCCAGGAUUUUUUGACGGCUUUAAUAUAAUUGUUAUCGUAAUCGUGUAUGUUUCUUUGAUAUUACUAUCAGUAAUUAUUCUCUUUAUCAAAAGAAAAUGGCAAACAAAUUCAGAAGAAGAGGAUAGUUUCCUGGAUGAUAGCAACGGCUCUCAAAAGCAUCAUCUACUUAACGGCAGCAAAGAAUCAAAUGCCCUUAUGUUAGACACAGAAGAUAACAUAAACAACACUGUCUCUCAUGGAGCCUCUAUAGGAAAAAUCAAUAAGUCAUCGGUAGAUCAAAGUUUAGACCGGAGUGUAAACAUCUCAAAGUAAUUUCUCAAUUUUAUCCUCUAAA